AUGCGGGUCCUCCUGCUCGUCCUGGCCAUCGCGGCCGCUGCCUGCGGCGAGGAGCAAUUCGUGGGAGACCAGGUCCUGCGCGCCACGGCAGGCAAUGAGGCUCAGCUCGCCCUGCUCCACUCCCUGGGUGAGCAGGAGGAACUGCAGGUUGACUUCUGGCGCGGCCCCACCAAACCCGGCCACCCCGCGGACCUCAGGGUCCCUUUCCGGAACCUCCAAGCCGUCAAAAGCCUCCUGGAGAGCAACAACAUUCCCUACAGCGUCAUGAUCGAGGACGUGCAGGAAUUGGUCAACGAGGAGAAGAGGACCAUGAGGCUGUCCCGGAAGCUGCGGAGGAGCACAGACACUUUCGACUUCUCCUCCUACCACACGAUCGAGGAGAUCUACGACUGGAUGGAGGAGCUGACGGUCAAAUACCCCAACCUGGUCACCAGGCUGCAGAUCGGGGAGAGCUACGAGAAGCGGCCGCUCUACGUGCUCAAGUUCAGCACGGGCGGCUCGGGCCGCCCCGCCAUCUGGUUCGACACCGGCAUUCACUCGCGCGAGUGGAUCACCCAAGCCACCGGCGUGUGGACGGCCAACAAGCUAGCCGAGGAUUACGGCAAGGAUCCCGCCGUGACCGCCAUUCUGGACAACCUGGACAUCUUCUUCGAGAUAGUCACCAACCCCGAUGGCUUCGCUUACACCCAGAGCACUAAUCGCAUGUGGCGGAAGACGAGGUCCAUCAACGCCGGGUCCUCCUGCAUCGGGGUGGACCCCAACAGGAACUGGGACGUGGGAUUCGGAGGCUCUGGCUCCAGCAGCAACCCCUGCUCCCAGACCUACCACGGUCCCUACGCGCACUCCGAGAGCGAGGUGAAAUCCAUCGUGGACUUCAUCCUGCAGCACGGCAACGUGAAGGCCGCCAUCUCCAUCCACAGCUACUCGCAGAUGCUCAUGUCCCCCUACGGCUACAAGUCGGAGCCGGUGCCCGACCAUGAGGAGCUGGACGCGCUGGCCGCCAAGGCCGUGAAGGACUUGGCCGCCGUGUAUGGCACGCAGUACACAUACGGCAGCAUCAUCGACACCAUCUACCAGUCGGCCGGCACCACGGUAGACUGGGCGUACGACAACGGCGUCAAGUACUCCUACACCUUCGAGCUGCGCGACACGGGCUACUAUGGCUUCCUGCUGCCCGCCAGACUCAUCGUCCCCACGGCGCAGGAGACGUGGCCGGCGCUGCUGGACAUCAUGGAGCACGUCCUACAACACCCCUACUGA